AUGGACGACAACAAACUAAAUAUCGCCAUAACUGGAGAAUCUGGUUCUGGUAAAUCCACCUUUGUAAAUGCGUUCAGAGGUGUGAGUGAUGAUGAUGAGAGAGCUGCUCCUACUGGUGUUACAGAAUCCUCAAUGGAUCCUAAACCAUACUUCCAUCCAAAGAAUCCCAAUGUUAUCUUAUGGGAUUUUCCUGGAAUUGGCACCUUGAAGUAUCCAGCUGACGAAUACUUGGAGGGUGUUAAAUUUGAGAAGUAUGACUUCUUCAUCAUCAUGUCAGACACUCGCUUCAGAGAAAAUGACGUGAAACUCGCUCGCGAGAUUCAGAGGAUGAAGAAGAAGUUCUACUUUGUUCGCUCAAAGAUCGACAACGAUAUAAAUGCUGAGAAAAGAAAGAAAAACUUCAAUAAAGAGAGGACUCUGACAAAGAUCAGAGACGACUGCGUUAAAAGACUCAGAGGAUUAGGCUUCGAGUCUCCACAGGUCUUCCUGGUGUCCAGCUUUAAGCUCCUCCGGUACGACUUCAAUCUCUUACAUCAGACCUUUUACAAAGACCUUCCUAAAAACAAGAGGAUCAUUCUGCUGUCCACCUUCUACAAGAUCAAUCCAGAGAUCAUCAGGAAGAAGAAACAAACUCUGAAGUCCAAAAUAAAAUACUAUGCUCUUGGAUCUGGAGCUGGAGCAGCUGUUCCACUUCCUGGACUUUCUGUUGCUGUUGAUGCUGCUGUGCUGGUUGGUGCUGUCACAAAUUUUGUUCAUGCGUUUGGUCUCGAUAUCCCGACUCUGCAGAGACUUUCUGCCAGAACAGGUGUGUCCUACGCUGAUCUGUGUGCUGUCAUCAUUUCACCACUGGCUGCAGGAGAGAUAACUACAGAGCUCCUCCUGAAGGUGAUAGCCCAACUUGGGUCCAUAGCUGCAUUAAUUGCAACAGAGGAAGUGUCCAGAUUUAUUCCAAUUAUUGGAAUUCCACUAUCACUGGGUCUCUCUUUCACCACAACUUACAAAAUUCUGAAAUUGAUCCUAACAGAACUCCCUGAUGAUGCUCACAGGGUGUUUGAAAGAGUUUUAGUCUGA